UUUUGUACCUCUAUUACAGAUAUCUAUUCUGUGUUACAUCAGUCAUCAGAUAACAAUAACACUAUCCAUGGUGGAAUUGGUGGACAACACUUUACAUACAACUGUAUGUGCAUAUGAGACUUUAUCACUUUAUAAAUAAUAACAGCAGAUUUUGUUUAACAUUGUUCCACAUAAACCUAUGUAGUUGUUUACACGUCGAAAAAAUAUAUUUACUGAACAUAAUCGUAGCGGAAAAUAAGAAAUAGAUCGAAAAUGAAUCAAGCCAAAAUUGAAAAGUUGAUUCCUAGGAUAAGAUACAAAAUUACUCCAGAAGCACGAAAAUUAAGAAAUUCGGAUGGCCCGGAAGGAAGAAUUACAAAAAUUAAGAAAACAUUGACCGCUUUAAUUAAAUACGAAAGAAUCGAAUUGAACUAUAAUAGGGCUAAUGAAACAAGAGGUUAUGUUGAACGAUUAAUAUCAGAAGCAUUGCAGCAUGGACCUGAACACAAAGAAACAAUGAAACUAGCAGAUUUUUGGAUACUCGAGAAACAGUACAUCCAUAAACUUUUUAAAGUACUAGUACCAAGAUAUCAAGAUCAUACGUCUGCAUAUACAAAACUUCAUAGAGCACCUGGUAUAUACCCUGGAUAUGGAUAUAUUAGAGUUGUAUUAGAACUACAAGGAAACAUGUAUCCUAAAGUAGAACAGUAUGAUAUUUUCCAGCACAAUUUGAUUCAUAAUGUAUUACUUGAUGCAGCUAGAAAAGAAUUUCGUAUUGAAAAAUACAAGGAAAUUUCUGAAAGUAUGAAAUUGUCAUAAGUUGUGUGUAAACAUUUUAUUACCAAAGAAUACAAAAAAUACAAAGUAUUGGCAUAGAUUGGUAAAUAUUAUUGAAUUCACAUCAAUAAAUUAAAUAUAAUUGAUGCA